CCGCGUGCGUUGACCCUGAUCUAUCUCUUCGUUCGUGUGUAUCUGCUGUGAUUGACUGGUUGAGGUUUUCUACGGGCAGACUGUAAGCAUGAGCAGAGUGUACGUGGGGAGAAUCUCGUACCAAGUGCGGGAGAAAGACGUGGAGCGUUUUUUCCGCGGAUUCGGUCGAAUCAAGGAUAUCAACUUGAAGAAUGGCUUUGGGUUUGUGGAGUUUGAUGAUCCAAGAGAUGCAGAUGAUGCCGUCUAUGAGUGCAACGGACGGGAACUAAUGGGUGAAAGAUAUGGACCCCCUACUAGAACUGAGCAUCGCCUUCACGUCGAGAAUAUUUCGAGUCGCGACCUGAAAGACUUCAUGCGCCAGGCUGGAGACAUCACCUAUGCUGAUGCCCACAAGACCAGAGUUGGAGAAGGCACCGUGGAGUAUGCAUCUCGUGAGGACGUGAAGAAUGCUCUCAGGAAGUUGGACGGAGCCGACCUAAACGGUCGUAAGCUGAGGCUGACGGAGGAUCGCGGUGGCCACUCUCGCCACAGAAGCCGCUCUCGUUCAGGGUCGAGGGAUCGCCGAAGGUCAGAGUCGAGGUCAAGGUCGCGCUCUCGCAGCCGAGACAGGGGCAGGUCUCGCUCUCCUGACUCCAAGUCCCCCGGAGACGACAAGAGGGGGAGGAGUCGUAGCCGCUCGAGGUCGAAGGAUGGAUCGGAAACGAGACGCUCACGUUCUCGCAGCAAGUCUCCUGUCGACAGAGCCACCGAGACUGGGAAAGAUGAGCGGGCCUCUCGCAGCAGGUCCCGGAGCCGUUCCCCCGAGAAAGAGCGUCCCCGUUCCAAGUCACCAGACAAGAGGAAGAGUGGUUCUCCAGCUCAGGAUGAGAUGAGGUCUGGCAGCCCCUCCCCCACUCCCGUUGCCAAGGACAACGGACCCGAGGAGUGA